AUGACCCUGAGUACAGCCGAGAGCACGUGCUCUAACCAGGACUACAACGCGUGCCAGUCAUCAACACCUCCCGGGGCCCAAGGUGUGUUCACCUACACGGGCUGUGUGCGUAAUUCACCCCGAUUGCGCACCUGUAUGUAUUCCUGCAAUCCAUAUCCAUGCUAUUUAUCCUGUGUUCAGGCCGGAUAUUAUAGCGGCGUCUGUAGUGACGAUAUCACCCAGAACCCCAAGACCACCAAUUUAAACAUCCGGAGUCCGUAG